AUGGAACAUGAGAUCCUCUGCUUCUUGGAUGCCUUCAAAGGGUAUCAUCAAAUAGGAAUGAGUGAGGAGGACCAAGAGAAAACGGCAUUCUACACCGACCAAGGUGUCUACUGCUAUACCACCAUGCCGUUCGGGCUAAAAAACGCCGGGGCGACCUAUCAAAGGUUGAUCAACCGCCUCUUCAAGGAUCAGAUCGGCCGAAAUGUGGAAGCUUAUGUGGACGAUAUCCUUGUCAAAAGCUUAACCACUUCGGCCUUCUUAUCAGAUGUAAGGGAGGUUUUCGGCGUUCUGCGGGACUCAAAGAUGAAGUUAAAUCCCAAGAAGUGUGUCUUCGGUGUCACCUCAGGAAAAUUUUUGGGGUACCUGGUUUCCCACCGGGGAAUCGAAGCUAACCCCGACAAAGUCACGGCCAUCCAGGACAUGUCCCCACCUCGGAACCUCCGAAAAGCUGCCUUCGACAAGCUGAAGCAGUACUUGCACCACCUACCCACCCUCGCUUCACCUCGGCCCGAGGAGAAGCUGUACCUCUACCUCUCCGCAGUGGACGAGACUGUCAGCGCUGUGCUCAUCCGGGAUGAGGGCACUCAAGUGCCAGUCUACUAUCCUCUCCGACAGAUACUGGUGCGGCCCGAGGCCUCCGGGCGCCUCACUAAGUGGGCCGUUGAGUUGGGGGAGUACGACCUGUCGUAUGAGCCGCGCACCGCCAUAAAAACUCAAAUCUUAGCCGACUUCUUGGCCGAGCUCACCUUCACGGAAGGUCGGGAGUCCACCUCCGCCCUAGCCGAAGUGUCCACCCCACGCCUGUGGAUGUUGUAUGUGGACGGAUCCUCUAAUGGGGAUAGGAGUGGAGCAGGACUACUCCUGAAGGGCCCCCAGGGAGAAGUGUGCUCGUAUGCCCUCCGCUUUGAUUUCCCGGCCACCAACAAUGAAGCCGAAUAUGAAGCCUUGAUCGCGGGACUCCAGCUAGCCCGCAGGCUUGGUGCACAGCGGAUUCACGUCCGCAGCGACUCCCAACUUGUAAUAUGCCAAGUUCUUGGUGAAUAUGAGCCCAAGGAUGAGACCAUGCGACGGUAUCUAUCCAAAGUCCACCAACUCACCGCGUACUUCGAGUCUUUCGAAAUCCAAAGAAUCCCCCGUUCCCAGAAUAGGCGGGCUGACGCCUUAUCCCGACUGGCUUCCACCUCAUUUUCGGAUCUCAACAAGAUCGUUUUAGUGGAGGUGCUGAGCGAGCCGGGAUACAUGGAAGAGGUGGUCUGCCCUGUAAACACAGGAGACGCAUGGAUGAGCCCAUUUAUCCUUUUCUUAAGGGAGGGGAUACUCACCGAAGACCGAGCCGAGGCGAGAAAGAUACAACGCAAAUCUGCUCGGUACUCGCUCCGCGAUGGAGAACUGUAUAAACGCUCAUACCUUGGCCCAUGGCUGAGGUGCAUUACACCCGAGGCAGGACGCCAGGUCCUCCAUGAGAUACACGAAGGCCUAUGUGGGGCCCACGUCGGCCACAGGAUGUUAGCUAGGAAGACCUUACUUCUUGGGUAUUUCUGGCCCUCCGUUCGACAAGAUACCCAAAAUCUUGUUCUCAGCUGCCCAUCCUGCCAAGUCCACGCUCCUGAGCUUCACCAACCCUCGAACUUCAUGAUAAUCAUCUCGGACAAUGGGAGACAGUUUGCCGAGAACCCAUUUAAGUCUUGGUGCGAGAACCUCGGCAUCAAACAACACUUCACUUCGGUAGGCCACCCUCAGGUCAAUGGUCAGGCAGAAAAUUUUAACCGAACUCUCUUGCAUGGCCUCAAGACCCGACUACACCGAGUUGGAUCAUCUUGGGUGGAGGAACUCCCCAGUGUUCUGUGGUCAUAUCGGACCACGCCGAGGUCAUCCAUGCAAGAGACCCCCUUCUCCUUGACCUAUGGAGCCGAGGCUGUCAUCCCUGCUGAGAUCCUCACACCCAAUCCUCGGCUGACAGCCUAUGUAGCCGAGGUGAACGGAGAAGAGAGACAGUUAGAUCUCGACCUCAUCGACGAGAAAAGAGACCUUGCCUCAACUCGGAUAGUUUCCUACAAGAACACUCUAACCCACUACUACAAUGCCCGCGUCAAACAUCGGCGAUUCCUGUCAGGGGACUUGGUGCUUAGAAAAAACUCGGUCAGCCGAGCUGAACCGCAAGGGAAAUUUGGCCCGAAAUGGGAAGGCCCUUACCGAGUUGUGGAAUCUAACCUUAAUGGGUAUUGUAAAUUGAGUUACCGAAAUGGCUCUCUAGUGCCGAGGACUUGGCACGCCGAGAACCUUAGACUGUAUUAUGCUUGA